AUGCAGAGCCUUGCCAUGGGCCGAAUGUCCCAAAAGGCGAUCAGCUACUACGUGUCGGCCACAGACGACAGCAUCACCAAGGAGGAGAAUGGGAACGUAUACCGCUCGAUCCAGCUCCGGCCACGCGUGCUCGUCGAUUGCACACGCUGUGAUUUGUCGACCACAGUGCUUGGACACAGACUCGCGGCACCCGUGUUCGUGUCGCCCGCCGCCUUGGCCACGCUGGCCCACGAGGACGGGGAGAGGGGCAUCGCGGGGGCCUGCUCCAAGUACAAGACGCUACAGAUCAUCAGCAAGAAUGCUGGCCAGCCGCUGAAGGAGAUUAUCCAGGCUGGUCCAGAUGCCGUCUUUGGGUGGCAGCUGUACAUCCUCAAGGACAUUGCCGAGACGAAGCGCGAGCUCGCCUUGCUGAAGGAGGUGCCGCAGGUCUCGUUCCUCGUCUUGACGGUCGACGCGCCGUUUCCCGGCAAGCGAGAGGCCGAGGUCCGCUUCAAGAAUGCGGAGGCGCGCGCCAAAGCGAGCAAGACUGCGUCCGAGGCGCCGCCUCAGGCGUGGGGCACGGAGAGCAACCUGACCUGGCGGAAGACGCUGGCCUGGCUGCAGACGCAAACGGAGCUGCCCAUUAUCCUCAAGGGCAUCCAGACGUACGAGGAUGCGUACGCGGCGACACUCUUCCCUUCCGUCAAGGGCAUCAUCCUGUCUAACCACGGGGGCCGGGCGCUAGAUACCGUCUCCCCUCCGAUCCAGGUCCUGAUGGAGAUUAGAAAGUUUUGUCCGCAGGUCCUGGACAGGAUAGACGUGUUGAUAGAUGGCGGCAUCAAGAGAGGCACAUCCGUGGCCAAGGCACUCGCGCUUGGGGCCAAAGCCGUAGGAAUCGGGAGGGCGCCACUCUUUGGCCUCGCGGUGGGAGGUCAAGCAGGCGUAGAGAGGACCCUUGAGAUCCUGAUUGACGAGACGACUACAGCGCUGCGCUUGCUGGGCGCCCAAUGCGUAUCUGAUCUGGGACCCCGACAUGUGAACACGAGUGCUCUUGACGCGCAAUUGUACGAUGGGCCUGCAGCGCUGGAAGAGGUGGAGAGAGAGGUGCUGGAAGAAGUAGACGUGGCUCAGCUGAAUCUGUGA